UCGUAUCCCUAAGAGACCUCGAUGCAGACAGGUUGGUGAAAUGACAAAGUUGAUAUGUUUCAUCGUCCAGAGCCGCCAUGGCCUUGGACACCAUCCGAUCUUGCAGCCAGCAACCAGGCCGUCUAUUAGCAAACCAGUAUUCUAGCGAUGAUUGCUUUGACACCACUGGAAAAUAUCUAUUACGCUUUUUCUCUUAAGGUUGAGCAAGAACAACGCCUGGUUCAGGUACACAUUAUGGGCAAUGAUAACCUUCGACAUGGCAUUCACCCUGUUCACAUUCUUCAGUUUGACGUUCCAGUAUUCACCUGUAUCCGGUACCUGGAGUACUACCAUCAAUGCCAGAUGCUACUCGUUGGUUUCUUUGUCAGUACUGCAUUAGCGAGCACAGCUUGCAACACGUUCACCGAUGUGGCAUUCGCCACCAUAUCUUUACCGGUCAUACGAAACCCGCAGAUGCCUCGAACAACACGUUUGAACUUCAUGGCGCUGCUGAGCGUAACCUGGCUUGCAGCUACCAUAGUCAUUACAAACGCUUAUUACCAGUUCGGCUCUACAACAAUGACCAAUUUACGCUUUAGAAUGAACAUUCUGAGCUCCAUGCAAAUACACGUGGGGACUAUUGCAACCUCCGGACCCGCCCUCAAAUCACUAUUGAGGAGGAACGCGAGAUCGUUCAAAACCAGCCAGUACGAUGGUCUCGAACGACACGUGUUUGGAAGUGCAGGAGAGUAUGCUAAGCGUCGCAAAAUCCUUCUGAAAACGAACGAUACAUCGACAGAAACUGAAAAUCUCUAGACAUCAGCUAGAAGUAGUGUAUGAGAAAGCGUGAUUGAGAAGUGCACGUUUCCCGACCAGGGCAAGAAGAAUGUGGUUUACAGCAUCACUGAGGAGCGAAUUGGAA